AUGUGCGGCAUUGCAGCCAUCCUUUGGGCGGAGGCAGAGGACGCGCCUACAGCCGAAGAUGCCAAAGCCGCAAAAGCCGCAGUCCUCAAAUUAGCCUCCCGCUGCGGCAUAGCACGAAGAGGCCCCGACAGCCUCGACGCCUGCGUACCAGCACCGCACGUCGCUCUCGCCGCGAGCGUUUUAACCAUGCGCUCAAAAGGCGACGCGAGGCAACCGGCGACCGACGCCAGCGGCAACGCCCUCUGCUGGAACGGCGAGUGGUUCCAGGGCGGUCCGGCGCCGGACGCCGCCGACGCGCCGGCCGUGCUAGCGCUGCUCGCCGAGGCGACGGCGGGCGCGCCCGACGCCGAGACGGCGGCGGCGCGCGCCGCGGACGCUCUGGCCGCAAGCGUGCGGGGCCCCUACGCGCUCGCGUUCUACUGCGCGGCGGCGCGGACGCUGCUCUACUGCCGCGACCCCUUCGGCCGGCGGAGCCUCGUGGUGCGCGGACGAGAGAUCGCGUCGACGGCGCCCCGCGACGACGGCGCGGGCUGGACGGAAGUAACCACGGAGGGCGUGCACUACGUCGGAGGCUGCGCGGCCUGGCACCGGUCCUUCUUCGACGGCGUGGGCUGGCCGCCGGCGGGCCGGCCGUGGCGCGAGGCCGGGCCCGCGGACGCAUCCAAAACGCUUGGAGUGGCCCUCGCGGCGUCCGUAAAGCGGCGUUGCGCCGGCCUCUCGGAGGUCGCGGUGCUAUUCUCGGGCGGCCUCGACUCGGUCGUGCUCGCGCGGCUCGCGCACGACGCGCUGCCGGCGGACGCGACCAUCGACUUGAUCAACGUGGCCUUCGGCGAGCGGCGCGGCGACGCGGAGAAGGCGCCGGACCGCCUCGCGGCGAGAUCCGCGCUGCGGGAGCUGCGUACCGCAUGUCCCUCCCGCAAGUUCCGCCUGAUCGAGGCGACGGCGGCGCCCGGAGACCUCGCGCGCAUCGCCGACGACGUCGCCGCGCUGGCCGCGCCGUGCUCGACGCACAUGGAUUUCAACAUCGCGGCGGCGCUCUACGUGGCGGCGAAAGGCGAGGGCGUUUUGUACGACGGCUCCGACGCGGACCACGCCGACGGCGGCGAUGGUGAGCACCGCCUGCUGCGCUACGCGACGGACGCGCCUCGGGAAGAACUCCCCGACCUGCGCGCGGACGGAAAAUGCCGGACCUGCGGCAAGGCCGCGAAGGCGCGGUGCGUGUCGGGCCUCUGCGGCGGGUGCUGCCGCCGGAAGGGCCGGAGCGACGCCGCCUACGCGUGCGGCGCGCAUCCCAAGCGGUUGACGUACGCCGAGAAGUGCGCGCGGGCGGACGCGCCGCCGGCGCCGCCGCCCGCCGUCGUAGAAAAGGCGAUAGUGAAGACGCGCGCCCGGGCGCUGCUGCUGGGCAUGGGCGCCGAUGAAUUAUUAGCGGGCUACGCGCGGCACCGCACGGCGUUCAAGCGGGGCGGCCUCGAGGAGUUGGAGCGCGAGGUCGGCGGCGACGUCGCGCGGAUCGCCACGCGCAAUUUGGGGCGGGACGACCGCGUCACGGCGGCGUGGGCGCGCGAGGCGCGCUACCCGUUCCUCGACGAGGACGUCGUGCGUUGUGUGAGGAUGGACCUGGGUUCGAGCGUCGCGGACCUGGCGCUCCCUCCCGGUGACGGCUGCAAGCGCGCGCUGCGCUCGCUGGCGCUCAGCCUGGGCCUGCCCCUUACUUCUACGCUCGUCAAGCGGGCGAUCCAGUUCGGCACGCGCAUCGCUCCGUUUUCCAAUCGCUUGGCGUUCGGGGCGGCGCGGCGCGGCGACGGGGCGGCGAGCUUUGACGUGGCGAAGCUGGUGGCGGGGGCGCGGCGCGUCGCCGACGAGGCUUCUUGA